AUGAAUCGCUUCGUCACAGAGGUCACAACGCAGUUCAACCCCUUCGCCACCAGCGCAAGGGCGGCGCGCCUUUUCCUGGCCUACCUGCCACCGAAUGCACGCGCCUCUGGCAUGAACAUCAAAACCAGCCUGCUGCCAAAGACUUCGACACAGCCGCCCAAACUCCAGGUCAAGUUUAAGGAUGGCACUGAAAUGGAUCUCGAUUGCCAAAAGCUCGGCAUCAAGGGAGUUCUGGAAGAAGUCAACCGCCAUGUACGACAACUCGAAAAGGCAGACUCCCUCUCGAGCUGA